AUUUUUUCUUUGAGUGAACUGCAGUGUACAGAGAUGCAAUGUAUUUGAUAUAAAAAAAACAACCAACUGAAGACAAAGUUAUCUGAAAUAUUCCAGAUUUUAUCAGAUGUCAUCAUGAAUGGAGCAGUAAUUUAAAUUUUUGUCAUCAUAAAAGACAAAUAUAGAUCAGUAACUGUUAACCAAGUAUUAACCAUUGCUUAUACAAUCCACUGCUCUAAAGGAAAAAGUCUAUAGCUCUGAUAUAAGUUCAUUCCUCUGAUUAGCACAUCCAACAGGAUGGCCUCCCUUUCUGCAGAGGAAGAAAACUAUGUUAGAAUGAGUUUAUUACUAACAGGAAUUUCUGAACGUGCAGCUAGAAAAUUCUUUGAUAGUGAAUUUGCUCCAAGAUGUUUAUCUGCCUCAUUGAGAAAAGAGUACAACAACUUGCUCUACUUAAAAAAGAAACACAGAAUCAACCGAUCACAAUGGAACCUCCUGUUCCCACGAUAUCCUGAUGACCCAAAAUCCAAGACAUUUGACAUUACAUUAAUGAUUACACUUUUAAGAAACCUUAAGAACAUAACCAAUCCUCAUGGUGGAUUUGACUGUUUACCCACUGCAACGGCAACCACACCAGGUUCAGAUUUAGCUAGAAUCAAAUACUAUCGGAACUACCUGGCUCAACUGGAUGGUGGGAAAGUAGGAACCACAGACUUCAACACUGCAUGGGACAUUAUAUCUGGGGCCAUUGGAAGAUUAGGUGGACAGAAAAUAAAACAAGACUGUGAUCAACUAAGAACCAGAACACUAGACCAGACAAACAAAGAAAUAAUAGAGGAUAUUAAAUGUUCUAAAGAUGAAAUGAAGAAUCUACAAGAGUCACUUAACACUUUGAAAAGAUUUCACGAAGUACUACUCGAAGGGGAUCAUAGUGAACUGAAAAGAUCUUACGAAGAACUCCAAGAGGAUCAUAUUGAAAUGACAGAUGAAGUUAAAAGGUUGAAAACUUCCCACGAUGAUACAGUACCUUGCAAUAUAAGAGCAAGAAUUAAAGAAACACUUAAAGCCUGGAAGAAAAAUGACGAUCAGCUGUUUAUAAACACCAGAGCUGCAAAGCAUGUACUAAAAUGUAUACAGGAAAACAGUUGUGUUACUAUAACUGCUAGUUCUGGUGUAGGAAAAACUGCCACUCUCCGACAUGUAGCUUUACAAAUGGCCGAAGAAGAGUUUGAUGUUCUUCUGGUUACAGAGCCAAGUGACAUUGUAAGGUUUUACAAUCCUAAAGCAAAAACAUUGUUUGUUAUGGAUGAUUUAUGCGGAAAUUUUUCUGUUAAGCAGAGUGACAUUAAACAUUGGGAACCUGUUAUAGAGGAUAUAAAAAAGCUUCUUGGAAACAAACGAACAAGAAUUAUUGCUGCAUGUCACUCAUAUGUAUAUAUGGAUGAAAAGUUUGAAUCUUUAUCAGUUUUCAAGUCAUGUGAAUGUAACCUUUUGUCUGAGAACAUAUGUUUGUUAAAAACUGAAAAACAAUCAAUAGCAGAGUUAUAUCUGAAAAAGAAAGCCCCUGCGAUUACUGGCUAUAGUGAUUUAUAUGAUUAUUUUCCUCUUUUAUGUAAAUUAUACCAUGAUAAUUCUAACCUUAAUAUUAUAAAUUUCUUCCAGAAUCCAUUUACAGUUUAUGAAGCAGAUAUUGACAAGCUCCUCAAAAAAGGGCAUAACACUAAAUAUUGUGCUCUGGCUUUAUGUGUCAUAUUUAACAACAAAUUGAACGAUGAAAUAUUGAUAGAUGAGGUAAAUGAAGGAACUGGGAUUAUUAUUGAGAACACAUGUGAAGCAUGUAGAGUGGAUAGGACAACACCAAGACUUUUAUUACAGAAUGAACUGAACUCGCUUAAAGAUACAUUUAUUAGGAAAGACGGAAACAUGUACAAGAUAAUACAUAAUAAAAUAUUUGACUUCCUAGCUUACUUCUUUGGACAGAAAAUAAUACAAUGCUUGAUAAAGAAUGCAGAUAGUAGUUUGAUCCAUGAGAGGUUUUUAUUAGAAAGCAACGAUGAGAUGGAUCAGUUUAUUACUGUUAUACCACCAACGUAUCAUCAGAUGUACAUACAGAGAAUGAUUGAUGACUGGUCAAAGGGAAAAUUACAUGAUGUAUUUAGUAACAUCAAUAUGAAGAUGCCACAAUUUAGACGGCAAUUUAUGCUUCAUUUAGAUACAUUAGAUAUAUCUCACCAAAGACAGCUAGCACAUAUCUUAGAUCAACCUAAACCUAUGGAAAACAUUCUUCAUUAUGAUGAUGAUGAUGUUCUUUUGAAAUGCUGCGUAAUGGGUGACAUUUCUUUGGUUCUAUGGUGUUGUAAUUUGGGUGUGGAUGUUAACAACUAUAUUUAUUUUGAUGAGUCACCUUUAAUGAAAGCUUGUGAACACGGUCAUACAGAAAUAGUAAAGAUCUUGUUAGAAAGAGGAGUAGACUUUAAUAGAUGUGAUGAUGAUAGUGAGUCACCUUUAAUGAAGGCUUGUGAACAUGGUCAUACAGAAAUAGUCAAGAUCUUGUUAGAAAGAGGAGCAGACUUUAAUAGAUGUAAUGAUGAUAGUGAGUCACCUUUAAUGAAGGCAUGUGAACAUAGUCAUACAGAAAUAGUCAAGAUCUUGUUAGAAAGAGGAGCAGACGUAAAUAGAUGUGAUGAUAAUAGUGAGUCACCUUUAAUGAAGGCAUGUGAACAUGGUCAUACAGAAAUAGUCAAGAUCUUGUUAGAAAGAGGAGCAGACUUUAAUAGAUGUGAUGAUGAUAGUCAGUCACCUGUAAUGAAGGCUUGUGGACAUGGUCAUACAGAAAUAGUAAAGUUACUGUUGGACAGAGGAGCAGACUUUACUAGAUGUGAUAAAUGGGCUCAGUCACCAUUAAUGAAGGCCUGUGAACUUGGUCAUACAGAAAUAGUAAAGAAAUUGGUAGACAAAAGAGCUGACUGUAAUACACGUAAUAUAUGGGGACAGUCACCUUUGAUGAGGGCGUGUGAACUUGGUCAUACAGAAAUAGCAAAGAUGUUGUUAGACAGAGGAGCAGACUGUAAUAAGCGUGACAAUUAUGGGAAGUCACCUGUAAUAAAGGCUUGUAAGCAUGGUCAUACAGAAAUAGUAAAGUUACUGUUGGACAGAGGAGCAGACUUGACUAGAUGUGAUACUUUUGCCCAGUCACCAUUAAUGAUGGCCUGUGAACUUGGUCAUACAGAAAUAUUAAAGAAAUUGGUAGACAAAAGAGCUGACUGUAAUACAUGUAAUAUAUGGGGACAGUCACCUUUGAUGAGGGCGUGUGAACUUGGUCAUACAGAAAUAGCAAAGAUGUUGUUAAACAGAGGAGCAGACUAUAAUAAAUAUGAUGAUUAUUGUCGGUCACUUGUAAUGAAAGCUUGUGAAAAUGGUCAUACAAAAAUAGUGCAAAUGUUGUUAGACAGUGGGGCAGACAGUGAAAGAUGCAAUUUUUAUGGCGAGUCAUCCUUAAUGACAGCUUGCAAACAUGGUCAUACAGAAAUAGUGAAGAUAAUGUUGGAUAAAAGAGCAGACUAUACUAAGUGUGAUAAUGAUGGCGAGUCACCUGUAAUGACGGCUUGUGAACAUAGUCAUACAGAAAUAGUUAAGAUGCUAUUGGACAGAGGAGCAGACUUUAAUAAAUGUGAUGAUGAUAAUAAUUCACCUAUAAAGAAGGCUUUUGAACAUGGUCAUACCGAAAUAGUAAAGAUGUUGUUAGACAGAGGAGCAGACUAUAAUAAAUGUAACAGUUCGAAAGAGCCAACUUUAAUGAAGGCUUGUGAACAUGGUUAUACAGAAGUAGCCAAAAUGUUGUUAGACAAAGGAGCAGACUAUGAUAAAUGUGACAGGUUGGGUCAAUCACCUUUAAUGAUAGCAUAUGAACAGGGUCAUACAGAAAUAGUAAUGAUGUUAUUGGACAGAGGAGCAGACCAUAAUAUAUGGGACGAUGAUGGUGAGUCACUCUUACUUAAGGCAUGUGAACAUGGCCAAACAGAAAUAGUUAUGAUGUUGUUAGACAGAGGAGCAGACUGUAAUGAAUGUGACAUGUGGGCUGAGUCACCUAUGAUGAAGGCCUGUGAACAUGGUUAUUCAGAAAUAGUAAAGAUAUUGUUAGACAAGGGAGCAGACUGCAAUAAAUGUGACAGGUGCGGUAAAUCACCUUUAAUGGUGGCUUGUGAAAAUGAUUAUUCAGAAAUAGUAAUGUUGCUAUUAGACAGAGGAGCAGACUAUGAUGACUGUGAUGAUUGGAAUGAGUCGCCGUUAACGAUAGCUUGUGAACAGGGACAUAUAGAAAUAGUAAAGUUGUUGUUAGACAGAGGCACAGAUUAUAAUAAAUGCGAGAAGAUAAGUCAAUCACAUAUAUUGCAGGCAUGUGAUAAUGGUCAUGCAGAAGUAGUAUCAAUGUUAUUUGACAGAUGUGCAGACCAGAAUUUAUUUGAUGAUGUGGGUGGGUCUCUUUUAAUGAAGGCUUGUGAGCUCGGACAUGAAGACAUAGUAAAGUUGUUGCUGGUAAGAGGGGUAGACUAUAAUAGAUGUGACUCUAAGGGUCAAUCAGCUUUAAAUAUUGCUACUAGAAAAGGUUACAAAGAUAUAGUUGAUAUCAUUAAUCAACAUUCAAGUCAGAAAAUAGUGUAAAAUAAUAUCAAAAAUUAUUAAAACCUUCAUACCUAUAA